AUGGCGGUCGUUUCUAGCUUCAGAUCAGCUAUGGCAAGCGCCAUCGCCGCCUUCCUUCUCUUUGCAUUGCCUUCGGCAAUUGCCGUGACUGUCUUCACGACUCUCUCGUUGCCGCCAGUAACCGGAGGCCCCAAAUCCGUAGCCUUCGACCUCCGCGGAGGGGGGCCCUACACUGGCAUCUCUGACGGCAGAAUUGUGAAGUACACUCCACCUCUCGGCUUCAUUGGUUUUGCCUUCACCGCAGGAAUUCAGAACAAAACGUUCUGCGACGGGAGAAAUGCAACGGCGAACGCGACGGUGGGGUUGAUCUGCGGGAGGCCGUUAGGGAUUGCGUUCAACAGCACUGAGUUUCUCUACAUCUGCGACGCUUACCUGGGGCUUUACGUGGUCAGCCCUCUCGGAGGGCAAAGACCCCGCUCGCUUCUUCUGCCGAAGGCUCACCGAUCCGCUUCUGUCAUGGCUUGGACGUCGAUCCUAAUACCGGCGUGGUCUACUUCACAGAUGCUAGUGCCAAUUAUCUGCUCAGCUGCCCUGAAUAGGAACAGUACCGGAAGGCUGCGGAGAUUUGACCCGAGAACCGGACAAGUUACCAUGCUGGCGAGGGGGCUUUCAGGCCCUGGUGGCAUCGCCGUGGCCAGCGACAGCUCCUUCGUCCUCGUCACUGAGUUCAUCGGCGGCACUGUCAAGAAGUUCUUCCUCACCGGCCUGAGCGCCAACACAUUCCGGACCUUGCUAAAUGUUCCGUCCCCGAGCACCAUCAGGAGAACCACGGGAGGAGAGUUUACCGUUACAGAGAGGGUCCGGGCCUUCACGCACAGAGCGCUGAGGAUCGACGCGAAUGGGACGGUGAUGGCGAACGUGUCCGUCGGUGGCCCUUACAACGACGUUACCGUCGUCACCGGAGUUCAAAUCUACGGUCUCAAUACCACCCAAGCCAUCCUGGGUGGUGACAUAAUCAGAAGGCUACUGAGAUUCAACCUGAGGAUCGGGCAAGUCACUGUGUUGGCCAUGGGGCUUUUGGGUCCUGGUGGUGUCGCCAUGGCUAACGACAGUUCCUACCUCCUCAUCACCGAGUUUGUCUCCGGCACAGUCAAGAAGUUCUUCCUCACCGGCCCGAGGGCCAACACGACUCAGACCUUGUUAAACAACGUCCCAAUCGCGAGCAGCAUCAAGAGGACCCCUCAAGGAGAGUUUACCCUGACGGAGACUGUCUAG